UAUUUGCUCUGUAGCAUCGUGUUUGUCUGUGGAUUCAAAAUGGCAGACACACAUGAAAUUCAAAUGGAGAACGCUCAAUGUCAAAUUCAUAAAUGGAACUCAGAGGAAGUGAUUUUAUUUUUAAUAAAUCUGACUUGCAGAUUAGGAUUUGCGCUUUUCGACAUAAUCUAUAAACAUUCGAAUAUUAUACUAUUCUGUAUUAUUCUGCUUGCUGUAGUCUAUGGAUUAUAUAAAUCAUAUUGGAGUCCUGUACUACUAAUAAGGGAGCUGACGCACACAGGUUUUGAUCACAUUCCAUAUAUAAAAGGCCGGGAUCGAGUCCUCCACAUAGCAAGGUCCCAAAAGAAUCGACAGGUGGGAGAAAGAGUUCCACCUCCAUAUCCCAACGGAUGGUUUGCGCUGGCUGAAAGUAGAGAUUUGACAGUGGGAAAGGUUAUACCCGUUGACGCUUUAGGUCAAAACUUUUGCAUUUACCGAGGUGAGGAUGGUGUCGCCAGGAUAGUAGAUGCAUAUUGUCCACAUUUGGGUGCAAACUUGGGUGUCGAUGGGUCAGUGAAGGGCAACUGUAUAGAAUGCCCCUUCCACCAUUGGAGGUUUGGUGAAAAUGGGGCAUGUACUUACAUACCUGAUGUUCAGAAUAUACCGAAAGGAAUAUCAAUAAAGAAAUGGGAUUGUAUGGAGAUGGACGGGGCUGUAUGGGUCUGGUAUGAUGCUGAAGGAAGAUCGCCAUUGUGGACCGUCCCACCUCUGCCGGAGCUUUCUCAAUGGGGGUAUCGCGGCAGGAAUGAGUUCCUUAUCAGCGCUCAUACACGAGAUAUACCAGAGAACGCAGCAGACGCCGCCCAUCUCAAUUGCAUCCACCAAUUAUCUUUUAUGACGAAUAUUGGAAAGCACCUGCCAUUUUUAAACAAUAUUAUUGGUAAACAUAUAUGGAAAACUGACUGGACGAAAACAGAUGAGUCCCACAUCGCACAAAUGAGCAUAGACCAGAACUAUAUGAUUUUAAAAUGCAACGCGUUCCCCUUCGAUCUUCGUGUUAAGCAGAUCGGACCAGCACACGUCCGCCUACAUUUCAACUGCAUAUUCGGCAAGGCAUACGUCAUUCAAUCGGUCACUCCCGUAGGACCGAUGUUACAGAAAGUCGUUCAUCGGAUCUACUCUCCCAGAUAUAAUGCGAUCUUUGGAGCGAUCUUAGUACUCGCGGAAGCUUAUCAGUUCGAGCGUGACGUUAUCAUAUGGAACAACAAGACGCACGUGAGUUCCCCACCCUACGUCAAAGCUGACAAGUCGAUUCGCGCUUUCCGCGAUUGGUUCUCGCAGUUCUACUCCGAGAAGAGUGUCAGUAUGCGUGACGCUAUGCAAAAUCCAUUGGACUGGUAGAUUUGCGACGGAAACAUUUGCUUAUUAUAUACGAUAGGAGCUUGUGCAUACGAAUAUGGAAGUAGUAACUUUGCUAGAGGCAUGCUAGAACCAUUCUCGAACCGUGCUACGAACGUAUUAGACCCAUGAUACGACUGUGCUAUGACCAUAGGUACUAGGACGGUUAAAAAUGUAAUCAUAUGGAAUUGUAUGAGACUCCAGUCUUUUAUCUAUGCUCUAGACUUUUGAGCGACAAUAUUUAUUGUUAAUUUUAUUUGCUUAUGUAUUUAUUUUAUUAUGUGCUAAUACGACAUGGUAUGCAACUCUGUAACGCUGGUUCGUGCAGACGCCAAACGAUGAGCUCUCUUUAUGUAAUGUUUUCCAUAUAAUCGUAUAAUUUAUUACAUUUGACAUACGAUUGUCAAAUUAAUUUUGGCGUAAAAUUAUCGAUACAGAUUAUAUGCGGAUUAGACGCGUAUUAUACGCAGACGCUACGGUCACUAAAACCGGUACAUAUUUUCCUCGAAAAUGAUUUUCGUUUACAAGCAUAGACAAUUUGUAAAUAAUUAAAAUCAAAGACCCCACUCCUCUCUAUGGUUAACCAUAAACAAUACAUUGAAUUUUCGAACAUCAUUUGAAUCGGGUAGGUACUAGGAAAUGUCGUUUGGUGAAUUCAUGAGAGGACGUAAUUUUUAAGAGUAUUUAAAUUUAUUAUAUUUGUGUAUUUUAAGUAUUAAAACAAUUUUACUGAAUCAAAACGGAUUAACAAUUUACUCCGUAUUGGUCCGAUAAAAAUUUUUUUUUAAUUUAUUUCGUA